AGGCGAGCCUAGUGAAUGCUUGUGCGCCACAAGAAAGCGUCCCAUUCCUCCCUGAACCCUGAGAAGAAGAUAUUCGCCUUCGAAAUAUUCACAUAAAGCUGGCAAGAUCGCAGCUAGAAGAUGCCUAACAUCAUCGUGAUCGGAGCAGGCGUCUCCGGACUGACCUCAGCCUAUCUUCUCUCCAAAGACCCAAGUAACAGAAUUGCGGUCGUAGCCAAGCAUAUGCCCGGCGACUCCGACAUCGAAUAUGCAUCACCAUGGGCCGGCGCAAACUUCAUGCCGAUGUCUGCAGAACCAUCAAGUCGCUAUGAACGCAGAACAUGGCCACAACUCAAAAGACUAGCAACCGAAGUCCCAGAAGCUGGUAUCCAUCUACAGAAAUGUCGUAUCUACCGCCGAAAGCAAGACAUGAAGAAGCUACAAAGCGGCGGUGCCACAUCCUUCAACAACGUCUUCGCCGAAAAUCCCUGGUGGCGCUCUCUAGUCGACGACUACCGCGCCCUCCCCUCCUCCGAGUUGCCAUCAGGAAUGGCAUCAGGCAGCGAAUUCGGCUCUGUGUGCAUCAACCCUGCUCUUUACCUUCCCUGGCUCGUAGGCCAAUGUCGUGCAAACGGAGUGGAGUUCCAUCGUAAAGUCGUAUCGCACAUAUCUGAUCUACGUUCUUUCGGAAUCGGAAACUUCAAACCGGAUAUCAUCGUCAACGCUACUGGAUUAUCAGCCGGGAAAUUAGGCGGCGUUGAAGACAAGACCUGUUACCCUAUUCGAGGUCAGGUCGUUGUAGUAAGAGAUGUAGCACCAGCCAUGGUCUUCGUAUCUGGCACAGACGACAGCGACGACGAGGCUUGCUACAUGAUGACGCGAGCAGUUGGCGGCGGAACAGUUCUAGGCGGUACCAUGCAAAGCGGAAACUGGGAGAGUCAACCAGAUCCCAAUAUUGCUAGUCGUAUCAUGAAGAGGGCUGUUAGCAUAUCGCCUGAGCUGACGGAUGGAAAAGGGCCGGAGUACCUUGAUGUAAUUCGGCAUGGCGUUGGGUUGAGGCCGGGGAGAGAGGCUGGAGUGAGGUUGGAGAAGGAGAGGGUUGAUGGGGUUUGGGUUGUGCAUAACUAUGGACAUGCGGGGUGGGGGUAUCAGGGGUCCUUUGGGUGUGCGGAGGAGGUUGUGGAUCUUGUUGGGGAGAUUGCAUUGCAGGCUAAACUAUGAAAAAGAUGCUAGUAG